AAAAACCACCAUCAUCACCACCCCACCACAACAAACAUCUCCAAAAACCUCCAUUAUCACACAAAUGGCUGCCACUGCUGCUGCAGCUGUGGCCUCAUCAUUCUCCUCAUCAUCAAUCAACACCCUCAAAUACAUUUGAUCCAAUCUCUUCCCUUCUGAUCUUCACCUCAGAAUUACCCCACCAUAGGAAUUUAUUUGAAAAUUUGUAUCCAAGGGUGAAUGUGAGACAACAAGAGGACCAAGAGGAUCAAUAUGGAGUAUAUGAUGUUCAUACAUCAGUUGAGGAGCAGAACGAAGAUGUUUCUCCACCAUCCAUUGCAAAAAUUCCAAAAUCUUACAUGCCGAGUGUAGCUAUACCAACAAUUUCUGUACCUGAAAAAGCAGAGAAGAAAAACGAGAAAUUUGAAGAGGAUAAUCAACAAAAUAUUGGAGCGAGUUCGAUACCUCGGCCACGGGCUGUAUUAUCAAGUCCGAAUAAUGAUGUAGUUAUUGGGAAUAAAAACAGAGUCAAAACAGAAAGGCCAUCGGUUUUGAAGAAUCGUAAGACAAUUCAAAAUAGGCAUGCACUACGUAAGGUUAUCCCAAGCCGGACAGCAGAAAAUUCUAUGAACAUGAAAAAGUCCAAGGAGGUUCCGGAUAAGAGCAAUCUUAAAGGCAAAAAAGCAUCAGCUGUAACAGUUCCGAGUCAGAGACGAAAUCCUAGAACCGGGAAACCAAGCUCUAUUAGAAUUUGAGUGUUUGUUUUUUGUAAUUGCCAUUAUAUCAAGUGCUCAUACUUGAUGGAAUAUACUGAUACAGAGCGUUGUUAGCGUUUGCUUCAUUGUAAUUUUAUUUCACAUGAUAGAAUUUGCAGAAUCAAUAUUUUAUAUUCAGCUUCUGCAUAAGAAUAAUUUUUGUCCAGUUUC